CAAUCCAAUCCAACAGAAUACUGAGAGAUAGCCCCGCAUUGCAUUGUCUUCUCGUAUACCACUAUCAACCACAUACUAUAAUAUUGUAUAUAUUAUUGUUACACAAAGCUCAGCAGCAGAACUUACUUUUAUAUUUUACUUUUAAAUUUAACUCCUUAACAGGCUGCCUUUUUGAAUGCAAUAAGACUGAGCUGCAUUGCACCUCAAGUAUUAUUGUUUUUGGUAACUUGUACUCGGCCCACCUUGCAAAUGAAGGACUGAUAAUACUACAACUUAAACUUUGUGCAGGCCUUAUUAAUGAAUUACACAUAAUUAAAUUAAGUGUAUGUGUGUGUAUAAAUGUUUUGCAUCAAAUAGUUUCUUUAUAGUGUAACAGCUUUCAUUACACAAAACUCUCGACUUCUGCUGCGCAUUGUUGUGUGUGGUACAAUAAUAGUAAUAACAAUUUCUUAAAAUAUGUGACCCAAGUGAAAUUUAAACUUUAAUAAAGGUUGCGGCAGCUAAAAAUAUUUAUUAGACGCAGCAAAUACAUUGCCAACAAGCUACUCGUUACUUAAUGGUGGUUAAUUAAUUAAUGGUGGAAGUUGAUUGUCAGUUAAAAUACCAAAACUAAGCAGAAUAUUAUUGCAAUUUAAGGGAAAAUCUCGGUGAAGUGCAAUGCUGAGCUAGAUGGCUAAAGAAAAGAUCGAUUUUGAGAUUGACUCACCGUUUCAUACCGGCCUCAACCUGACUGAGGUGUGGCUGAAUAUAAAUUUCCAACCCAAUCAGUUUCUACACAAUUAACAAGAAAUUAGGAUGUGGCUAUGCGGAGGUGCAAAUGUGGAGGCCAGUAAUCGGUAAAGAGAUGAGACCGGAUCGCCGAAACCCCAACAGUCCUACUACAGAGCAACAGGAUCCAUAACAGACAACCACAUAUAUGUGACAUCUCCUCAGAAGAACCAGAUCAUCGUCGCCUAAUGCUGCCUCAAAACUCAUCAAUAACUCGACAAUUAGUAAACCCUAGCAAUUCUUGGACUUAUCAACUUAAUAUAUGAUAUCCUUCGUAACGCCAAACCUUUUUCAUCUCUAACCCAGCAACCUUUUUGUCGUUCUACUCUCUGGUCAGUAUCAAAGAUUAAAAUCGCGGCAACAAGUUAAUGCGGAUUUAUUACAAUUAGACAAGUUUUUCACAACUUGCAGAAACAAGCUUUUGACGGGAUAAUCUGUAUACUACAAGAUACAUACAUUAUCUCUUCCUUUCCUCGUGUUUGGCUCAAUUCGUCAGAGAACAAGUUUUACGUAUUAGUAUUACCACUUGGAGUUAUGUGAUUUGAUGGAUUGUUCAGAAUUUUCGCAAAUCCAAAUCUUAAAAAUAUAAUCAAUCUUGACUGAGUGACAAGGGAAAUAUUUAAGAGAUCAAAAAAUGAAAUGAACUAAAUCCGCCAGUUUAGUGCGGAAAGAUUGAGUGCGUGUGUAGGUAGAGUGACCAGUUAUCUGUGUUGAUGUGCCAAUUUUACAUCCACGGGGACGCUGCACUAGUGAACAAAAGGUUAUAAUAAUAAUUAAAGUGUGUGUGUGGGAGUUUCCCGUUACAAGUGCCACCCAUUCUUCCUUCCAAGAAAGGACGUAGGCUCGCUUGCGAAUCUUUCUUAUAGAAAUAAGAUGGGGAAUUGUUUGAGCACGGGACCCAGCCGAACCUCGGGGGAGCUGCUUAGUGGGAGGGCGAAUGGGCAGUUGGACACUUCGGGAAAUAAUGCGGUGGGGGGUGGGGUCAAUUCCGUAGGAAUCAUGUCCGGGAUUACGGAUGGGACCACCGUGGGGGCAGAUGGACACAAUCACACCCCAAAUUCUCAUCUUCAUAAUGUUCAUCACAUCAGCAGAAAUCCAAACUCACUUCCUCCCGUUCCAGACAAUGAUAACAAUUCACAAAUUCCUACAAAUAAUGCAAGCAACCCUGCAAAUGCAAGAUUUUUCGUCGCCUUGUAUGACUACGACGCGAGGACGGACGAGGACCUCAGUUUCCGAAAGGGGGAGCAUUUGGAGAUCCUCAACGACACUCAGGGCGACUGGUGGUUUGCUCGCUCAAAGAGCACUCGUCAAGAGGGCUACAUUCCAUCAAAUUACGUUGCCAAACUCAAAUCCAUUGAAGCCGAGCCUUGGUACUUUGGGAAAAUCAAGAGGAUCGAGGCAGAGAAGAAAUUAUUGCUUCCGGAGAAUGAACACGGGGCGUUUCUUAUUCGAGACUCUGAGUCGCGAAGAAACGACUACUCCCUCUCCGUCCGCGACGGAGAUACGGUCAAACAUUACAGAAUUCGCCAAUUGGACGAUGGUGGAUUUUUUAUUGCCAGAAGGACGACUUUCCGCACACUCCAAGAGCUUGUUGAUCAUUACUCCAAGGACGCUGAUGGAUUAUGCGUCAAUCUUCGCAAACCGUGCAUUCAAGUGGAAAAGCCGGUCACUGGAGGACUGUCACACAAUACCAGAGAUCAGUGGGAAAUUGACAGGUCUUCGCUAAAAUUCAUCCGAAAGUUGGGCCAUGGUCAAUUUGGAGAGGUUUGGGAAGGUUUGUGGAAUAAUACAACGCCUGUUGCUGUCAAGACUCUCAAACCAGGUACAAUGGACCCCAAAGACUUCCUCGCAGAGGCUCAAAUUAUGAAGAAACUGCGCCACCCCAAGUUGAUCCAGUUGUAUGCUGUGUGUACUCUGGAGGAACCAAUCUAUAUUAUUACAGAACUCAUGAAAAACGGUUCCUUGCUCGAAUACUUGAGCGGAAAAGGACGUGGUCUCAAGUUACCUCAACUCAUCGAUAUGGCAGCUCAAAUUGCAGGGGGCAUGGCGUAUCUGGAGUCACAAAAUUACAUACACAGAGACUUAGCAGCAAGAAAUGUCUUGGUUGGGGAUUCGAACACUGUAAAAAUUGCUGACUUUGGGCUCGCUCGCUUAAUUAAAGAGGACGAAUAUGAAGCAAGACUUGGAACUAGAUUCCCAAUUAAGUGGACGGCGCCAGAAGCAGCAAACUAUUCGAAAUUUUCAAUAAAGUCCGACGUCUGGAGUUUCGGAAUUCUACUAACUGAAUUGGUGACAUAUGGAAGAAUACCUUAUCCUGGAAUGACAAAUGCAGAAGUACUGCAUCAAGUGGAACAUGGCUAUCGAAUGCCAUGUCCACCGAAUUGCCCAGACCGCCUAUAUGAAAUCAUGUUGGAAUGUUGGCACGCAGACAGUAUGAAGAGACCAACGUUCGAGACGCUGCAAUGGAAGCUUGAAGACUUUUUCACACUCGAUGGGUCAGAGUAUAAAGAAGCAUCGGGAUAUUAGUUUGUACAUAUAUAAUAGAGUUAAUUGUUUCCAGCCAAUGCGAGUAAUUAGUGAUUGAGUAAGAUAUAGUAUGUAUGUAUGUAUGAUUGAUUUGCUACCUUUAUGACGUGUAUAAUUGCAUUUUGUAUCAUAUAUUGCGGGUUUCAGUCUGACAUUUAAGAAAUGUGAAUAUUAGUAUCAGUCCAAUCUUUUUGAUACACUCACUUCCUAAAGACGUAUAAUAUUAAUUAGGUAAAUCCUGCUAAAACUAUUAAUAAGAUUGAUUUGUUCGUGAAUGAGUUGCUUUCGUACUCAUUCCGAUACUACUAUAUGCAUAUAUGCAUACUUAUUGAAUUCAUAAUAGUAGAUACAUUGACAGUUGACAACUAAAAGAUUCAAGUAGCUAUAAAUGUUAAUCACAACUUAUUUAUACCUACAUUGUUAGUGUUGUUACACAAACCACCAAGCAACUACGUUUUUUUGUCCAAGGUAGUUAAAGACAAGAACUCGAGAAUUCUCAAGUUAUCUGAUGAUGAGUAAAGAUUUAGUCUGAUGGUUAAGCGUGUAGCACAAAUUUGCUUAAUUGUUUGAUGCUUAUCGUCUCCGUGAAUUUAUAAUGACCAUAAAUUUCUGUUACACACACUUUAUAUGAA